UAAUCGGAUCAGAACCGCUUUAGGAACCGUCCCACACCUCCAGUCCACUCAGGCUCCGCUCUGUCCUGCUUCACUCUGCCUCCAUCAUGGGUCAGUCUAGUCUGAGCUCUUGGUGGGAAGCUGCACAGCUGUGAUUCACAUCGUUUCUCUGGAGACUUCUGGACCUUCGCCAUUAUUGCCGUUAGACAGAACUUUGUGAGAGGACACCAUGCCGUUCAUGUCUCUGAAGUUCAACCUGCAGAAGCGGGUCAAGCUGGCUCAGGGUCUCUGGAUGCUUUAUUGGUUCACCGUCAUUGUGGGCAUCGUCCUCUUCAGCCUCGGCAUCUUCUUCAAGAUCGAGCUGAGGAAGAGGAGUGAGAUCAUGGACAACAGUGAGAGCCACCUGGUGCCCAACCUGCUGAUCCUGGUGGGAAUGGUGUCCUGCAGCCUGAACGCCUUUGGAGGGAAAGUGUGCCACGAAUCUUUGGAUCCCCAGAAGUUCUCCAAGAUGAAGCCGAUGCUGAAGUCCUACAUGCUGCUGUGCUGCGGCUUUAAUGCGCUGCUGCUGCUGCUGGUGCUGCUCUGCUUCUUCAUGCAGUUGGCUGUGUACCUGACACUGGCCGAGGGCCUGAAGAAUGCCAUCCGCUUCUACAAGGACACGGACACGCCAGGACGCUGCUUCAUGAAGAGGACUUUGGACAUGACUCAGAUCGAGUUCCGCUGCUGCGGAAACAACAACUUCAGGGACUGGUUCGAGGUGCAGUGGAUCAGCAACCGCUACCUCGACAUGAGCAACGACGUGGUCAAAGACCGUGUCCUCAGUAACGUGGAGGGGAAGUACCUCAUGGACAGUGUCCCUUUCAGCUGCUGUAACCCUGGCUCCCCGCGGCCCUGCAUCCAGCAUCACCUGACCAAUAACUCCGCCCACUAUGACUAUGACCAUCGCACUGAGGAGCUGAACAUCUGGAGCAGAGGCUGCCGGGAGGCCGUCUUCUCCUAUUACAGCAGCAUCAUGAACGCCAUCGGAGCGCUCAUCAUCUUCUCCAUCGUCCUGGAGGGGAUGGACACGGCAGGCCUGAAGUACCUGAGCACGGCUCUGGAGACCAUGGCCGACCCGGAGAACCCAGAGUGUGAGAGCGAAGGCUGGCUGCUGGAGAAAGGCUUCAAGGAGACCCUGGCUGACAUGUUCUCCAAAAUGAAGAUUGGUGGACGGGCCACCCAGGUGGAGGAGGGCGGGGAUUCCCCAGCACCCGCCACCUGAAAGCCCCGCCCAUCCACCCACCCCACCCUGAGAGAGGAGGCGCCGCUUUUGUCUUUGGACUGUAAAUAUGUCAAAACGAUUCAAUUGAGAAAUGAACAGAACCUGAUGACCCCCCACCGAUACGCCUCGUCCCAGCCGCCAUCCAUCAUGGCCGACUCCUGGGUCCCUGCAGCACUUCCUCACUUCAUCCUGCAGGGCGGCGCUUCAUGGGGCUCCUGCCAAAUGGCCGCUUCUUAGUUUCUAUGAUGAUGAUGACGUUCAUGUCCGCUGACCUCUAAUGAUGCGUUCAGCGGAACCAGACGGCCAGAAGGCGGAAAGAUACCGACAUCUGGAUUAUAGGGAGAUACCAACAGCUGGAUUAUAGGGAGACGCUGGAUUAUAGGGAGAUACCAACAGCUGGAUUAUAGGGAGACGCUGGAUUAUAGGGAGAUACCAACAGCUGGAUUAUAGGAAGACGCUGGAUUAUAGGGAGACACUGGAUUAUAGGGAGAUACCAACAGCUGGAUUAUAGGGAGACGCUGGAUUAUAGGGAGAUACCAACAGCUGGAUUAUAGGAAGACGCUGGAUUAUAGGGAGACAC